GACGUAGUUGAUAUUUUGGUAAGACAUCAAGGAAGUGCGGAAGAAGGCGAAGACCGAAAGCCGAAGGGCUAAACUUUCACUGACAACUUUACUUUUAUUUUACAAGGUUUUUCCUAACUGCUUUCGAAGACUUAACUGGGGACGUGUCGAGUUUUUGAAGGGCUGCUUCAAGAUGCCGAGCAUGGAAAAGAAUCUCUUUAAUUUAAAAUUUGCCGCCAAAGAACUCCAAAGAAAUUCAAAGAAAUGUGACAAAGAAGAAAAAUUAGAAAAGGCCAAAGUCAAGAAGGCCAUCCAGAAGGGGAAUAUGGAGGUAGCGAGGAUCCACGCAGAGAAUGCCAUAAGACAGAAGAACCAGUCUGUGAACUUCCUGAGGAUGAGUGCUCGGGUAGAUGCAGUAGCAGCGAGGGUCCAGACGGCAGUCACCAUGAAUCAGGUCACAAAAUCUAUGGCUGGAGUGGUGAAAGGCAUGGAUGCCACUCUGAAGAGUAUGAAUCUUGAAAAGAUCUCAGCUCUCAUGGACAAAUUUGAACAUCAGUUUGAGACUCUGGAUGUUCAGACAGCCCAGAUGGAGGACACCAUGAGCAGCACGACAACUCUCACAACACCCCAGAAUCAAGUGGAAUCAUUGAUGCAUGAAAUGGCUGAUGAAGCUGGUUUGGACCUGAACAUGGAGCUUCCUCAAGGACAGACAGGAUCAGUGGGUACCAGCGUGGCCUCUUCAGAACAGGAUGAACUGUCUCAAAGGCUCGCCAAACUCAGAGAUCAGAUGUGAAGGAUGACUGCAGCGGAGUGCAGAGUUUUACAACACCUCUACACUACCUUACUAUUUCUCCCUCUUUAUUUACAUAAUGUCUUUUUUUCUCCUUUGUAUGUCUUAUGUCUCUUUUGAACUGUAUAGAUGAUGUUUUUCCUUGCAGGUAAUGGCGGUUGUUGGCUUUAUGUUUAAAAUAGCAUCACAGCAAUUAAACAUUUUCAUUGGAAAUAUUUUAUAAAGGAAAGGAUUUGAUGGUUGUGGAAAAUGUAUCUACAUAUCUACCACAAAAAAAGCUUAUGAUUUAACAUCAGCGUCAGGUUUGUAAACUUAUAAGAUUAAUAAAUAAUUAACAUAAGUUAUUACCCUGUACAGUUCAGGUGAAGAAACUCGAGGUUUUGAACAAUUAUAGUUUUUUUCCAUACGUGUCUGCAUGAUUGUAGGCAACAUUUAUGCAUUUUCUCUUUGGCUGUUCAAGAUCUCCUUUCUUAUUGGUGGACCGACUGCUUGUGUUGAUUUAUUAUAUUUUAUUUGUGAUCGAUAUUAUAAGAGGGUGGUGGGCGGCUAGCUUUUUUAUCACCUUCAGGAUUUUCACUCAUUUGGGAAUAGGUUACUGGUUGGACAUUAAACUGCAAGUAAACAAUAAAAUUUUAUAAUACUUA